GGUAGCGAUGGAUGACGGACGUAGGCAGUCGCUUCUUGUGUUCGCGCUCUUUCUCGUGGAUAGAUAACCGCGAAUUAGGGCCAGACCUCACGAAUUCUAUAUUUAGUCUGUGAGUUCAGUCUGUCUCUUUCGGACGUAUUGCAUUUUGUACUUCAUUGAUGGAAACAGUUGAUUGUUUACAUUGUAGUGCAGUGAGCGUGCGGCCGGUGUAUUUGUUUAGAAGAGGUCAAAUUGGAGUUCACAAUUUCUGCUGGGGUGUUAUGGAACACAACAAUAGUUAACUCAACAAUCAUCAACCACAAGCAGCAAUGGCGGUCCUUCGCAACGUCGAUAACACGGCCAACAAGGCAAACGAAUCUGUGGCUUUGCGGUAUACCGUCGCGGUACUCGCCGCUUGGGCGGCUGAACUAGUUACGUAUCCAUUCGAUCUCACAAAAACCAGACUACAAAUUCAAUCGGAGGUUGCCACCGCGAAACAAGGCUUCAAGCUAGAAAACAUCGGUAUGGUAGGCACGGCUUUUAAGAUCGUGAAGAAGGAGGGAGUACUGAAACUGUGGAGUGGGCUGAUGCCGAUGUUGCAGCGGCACGCUAUCUACUCGGGCAGCCGGCUCAUCUUCUAUGAGAAGUUUCGCAACUUCUUCAGAGACAGUCAAGGCAACACCUCUCUAGCCGCGCAGUCUUUAUGCGGAGCAUCUGCAGGCGCGCUGGGGCAGCUUAUCGCGUCGCCCACCGACCUGGUGAAAGUGCAGAUGCAGGCGGAAGGCCGCCGGCUGCUGCAGGGCAAGCGGCCGCGCUUCGCUAAUUGCCGGCAAGCCUACUCCAUACUGUACUCUGAGAGCGGCAUCAAGGGAUUCUGGAGAGGUACCAAAGAAAUUGACAAAUACUAUUAAGUGACCAUUAUUCCUUGGAUUAUUUCCAACCGUCACCCCGUUCUUUCCCCACGAGGGGACUGUUGAGAAUAAAAAGUUUCACCCGUCUCACCUUUUAGUCCCACUAUCACCAAUAAAGUGACAGACAGAACCGUCGAGAAAUAAUAUAAGUUCAAACCUCCUCGGUGCAAAAGGUGGGACGGAUAAAACUUUCUAUACU